AACAUUGAAAGCUAGAUGCAGCCUAGCGACGCCUAAUUUUUAUUAAUAAUUCACUACAAUUUCAAAUGAGGUCGGCUGUCUCUGAUUAGGUACACCUCGUCAGAAGUUAGGCUGGUUAGUGUUACUCGCCCGUGCAGGCUUAUCUACAUAAUCUUACCAGUAAAUUCAGUCUAGAAUUAUUUGGAAAGGACAAGAUAAAUAACAUUAAGUGCCAAUCUGAAGAUAGGACCGUCAUACAUGCUAUCUACAACUUUACUAUUGAGAACUUUACCACAAGGUGACCUACGGUAUCCACUUUGUACUGUUUAUUGGCAUUUUUUGCUGUCUAUUGCAGUAGAUAUAACCUAAGUUAGACCGCGAGCUCGUCUAAAUCGCGACCUAAAUUAAGCUAUAAAAAAUUGUUAAUGUGCAUGUGAACCACAACGACCUACCUAUAAUGCAUGAAACUACAUAUUUAUCAAACUAUACGUCUUACAUAGUAGGUACGAGAGCACGUUUCGGUAGCAAUAAAGAGUACGGUACGGUCUACUCAGUUCAAUAGUUCACCAAUCACCAUUCAGUGUUCAUCAUGCUUACGUUCAUUCGAGCUCGAAAAAUUUGUUCAAUCAUUCAAUAUUCAGUUGUUUUGUUCGCGUUGUCGUAGAAGGAUGUGUUGCGAUUAGAUUGAGUUUUACGAAAAAGUUAUAAUUCCAAUGAAGUUUAAUUAAAAAAUGAAAAACUGACUUAAAUUAGAUGCAAAUGAGAAAGUAGAAUUUUAACAUUAAUAUAAAAUGUAAAUCGACACGUGCCCUACAUUAUUACUAGCGGAAUAAAUUUUGAAAGUGUACGUACGUUUCUGAAUAAAUCAACUUUCUGUGAAAAUGUCGUUUAGAGGCAUUGUUGUAGUGUUAUUUUUAAAUGUGCGUUUUUUCGCAAACUGUAAUGUGUACGAUAAUGAGAUAAACGAACAUUCCUUGGAGUUGACCCAGUCCUUGAACUUGGCUCGACAAGAACUCAUCCAAGAGGCUUGCCGACGUUUUUCUCGCAACUACAAAUUGGAUGACCUGCAACCGGACCAGUUAAGGCAUAUAUUGGUUGAUGAUGAAAGGAAACUGCUAUAUUGUUAUGUGCCAAAGGUGGCCUGUACUAACUGGAAGAGACUUCUCCUCAUAUUGGCUGGUAAAUGGAAUAACACAGAUGUUCUAUCAAUUCCGGGGCAUAUACCUCACUUACCCGGAAUGUUCAAGGAUCUCAGCAUGGUGACUGCACAGGAACGCGAACACAUGCUAAAUAAUUACCAUAAGAUGGUGUUUGUUAGGAAUCCAUUUGAAAGAUUACUGUCGGCUUAUAGAAAUAAACUGGAGGGUGAUUCACCAAGUCAAUAUUUCCAGGAACACGUUGGAAGGCGGAUAAUAAAAACGUACCGCGAGAACCCCUCAAACCAGUCCCUUGAAUUUGGCAAUGAUGUCACUUUCAAAGAAUUCGCCAUGUUCCUGACGAACAAAUCGGAGGAGUUGGCCGAUGUCGUCAACAACGAACACUGGCAGCCGAUCACCGAUCUAUGCCAUCCGUGUCAAAUAAAAUACACAUUAGUUGGUAAAUACGAAACUCUCCUGGACGACGUUCUCCUAGCUCUGCACACGAUCCAAGUAACUGGAGUGAAUUUCCCGAGACUGACCAGCACCUCGGGCACCGCACAGAAACUCCACAAGUACUACUCGCAGCUAGACUUACCGCUGAUAAGGAGGUUAUACAAACUAUAUAAAUACGAUUUCAAAAUAUUCGAUUACCAUUUAGAUAGUUUAGUCGGUUUUGAUCUAGAUUGAUGUAGUUGUAUGAAACAAUCUGUAAUUUAAUACGAUUUUUGUGAACGCGGAAGCACUUCAGGAUAACGCAGGAAUAUAAGCGAACGAUCCUUAUAAAGUUUUAUAGAAACAUGCGGUAAGUAAAUGUGCAGUAUGACAAUUGAAACUUAAAAGAAAAAAGAAAUAGUUGAUUUUUACAUACUGAACAUUAACUAUUUAGGGCUUUUCGUGUUUGCACUAACAUGUGUCCUGUGGUGUUUUAAAAAAGUCUCUUAAAUGAAUUGUAAAGAAUGAAGCUUACCAUUUCAUACAGUAUGAAAAAAAAAAAUCAAAUAUUUUUCUCAUUUGAUCAUUUCGAUCGUAUUACACUGAACCUGAAUAAUAUGUGACUAGUCCAACGAAAUUGAAAAUGUCGCUGUAUUUCCUUCCAUUAUAUUUAGAAUAGUUUAAUAAGUACAAUGAUUUCAAUUAUAUAAUUUCUAAAUUAUGUUUUCACUGGGCAUCGUGAAAUUUCAGAGGUAAUGUUGAGUUGAGUUCACACAAAUAGUUAUUAAUGUACUUACAUGUGUAUGUAUAUAAUUAAAUUUAUAAUUAGUAUUUAUAGUAAAUUUAUAGUAGAUUUUUCGGAAUUUGCAACGUUGAACUUAUCAUUUUAAGUAUGUUGUAUAGCAGUAGUGUUGUAUGUAUAAUAAUUAGGGACGGAGCAAAUAAUAUAAUGAUUUAAUCUGUGGCGGGUAGCCAUCAUACAACGCAAGAUAAUUGACAGAUGCCUGAAUCUCGCUUACGACAUUUACAAGAUAAAGCGCAUAUAUACAAGUUCCGAACAACAACCUUCGGACCGUCGGUCUACCGAGCAAAUAUCACCCGCUCGGUGGAAGAUCUUCCCUUUGUCGUCAAGCCUCCCAAAAAUCAAUUCACUCAAAGCGCAUUGAUGCAUUUUAACAUUCUGAUGCAGUUAUUUAUUAACAAAAUGAACAACAAAAAGGGCGAUUUUAUUAACAACAAUCGCGUUUUAAAGAAGUAUCAAUAGGUAGAUAGAUGUUUCUCAGAAUAAAAAGUACAUAGUAGAGUUCUACGCUAUGUUUUAAACACUUUUAAUACCUUCUAUAUCUUCUUAGAUCUAUAUAAAUAUUGAUUUCAAGUCGUCGUGGCCUAAAGGAUAAGACGUCCGGUGCAUUCGUAUCUAGCGAUGCAACGGUGUUCGAAUCCCGCAGCCGGGUACUAAUUUUUCUAAUGAAAUACGUACUCAACAAAUGUUCACGAUUGACUUUCACGGUGAAGGAAUAACAUGGUGUAAUAAAAAUCAAACCCGCAAAAUUAUAAUUUGCGUAAUUACUGGUGGUAGGACCUCUUGUGAGUCCGCACGGGUAGGUACCACCACCCUGCCUAUUUCUGCCGUGAAGCAGUAAUGCGUUUCGGUUUGAAGGGUGGGGCAGCCGUUGUAACUAUACUGAGACCUUAGAACUCAUAUCUCAAGGUGGGUGGCGGCAUUUACGUUGUAGACGUCUACGGGCUCCAGUAACCACUUAACACCAGGUGGGCUGUGAGCUGGUCCACCUAUCCAAGCAAAAAAAAAAACGCAAAUCGAAAUGUCUAAUAUUAGGAUUAUUCUUAUCACCUAGAUCCCUAGAAUCCUAAAAAGUAGGAAAGUCUGCAUCAAAAUGAUAUUAUUUCCUUUUUGGAAACUGUCAGAGAUCUCUCGUUCAUUUUCGUGAAUUCAAGUAUGUAUUUAUUUAAACAUUUUCAAUAGUAUAUAAGUCCCAUUUUGAUAAAGUAUUCGUUUUUAUAUUAAUUUUGUUUCUUUUUUGUAAGUAAGUAAUUAUAGCGUAUAAGUUUAUCGUGAACCAUCGCUACUUACCUCUACAACUUUUUUAUAAUCAUUGUCAAUAUUAAUUCCUUGAUUAUUCCUUCCUUUCUUAUAAUUAUUAUUAUCUUUAAGUAAAUUCCUUAAGUUAUUUUUUAUCUCAUGUAAUGUGUGAAAUGUAUCAAAUAUUAACUCGACUUGCCGUAAUCGAAAUGCGAACAGGGAACGCAUUGACCUAGGGAUGCACGAAUUAUUUUGUAUUAAAUCGAUUUAUUCGGAUCGCAUUGAAUCGAUAUACCUCAAGUCCAACAAUCAAACAUCGAAUACUCUUGAUCAGUCUUUUAAUAAUCUAUCCACAAAAAAAUUUGUGUAGUGCGUUGUGAUGAGGUUGUUGUUUGUGGUAUGAAAAUUGUUUUUUUCCACAGACAAUGAUAUAUUUUUAAUGCCUCAAAAAUCACUCACAAGAGACUUACACUUACACUUACAGUUUAUAAUAAAACAAAUAUAGCUUUGAAAUUAUAUCAAUACUUAAAGUAAAGUAAACGAGAUUUUUUUCAUAUUAGAGUGCUGACAUAAGCGUGUCGAUACGUAAAAAAAAUAUCUUUAGAUCGUACACUUAUAUUUGACAAUAAAAAUCGAAUAGUAAUAUGCUCGGCUCGUGCGUUCAGAUCUAUUUUUCUACAAAUUCACUGAGCGCUUAAUUUUGUAUACUAAGUAUUCAUUGUAUCGUUUAAUCUAUUACUAGAUGAUGACUGAGCUUAGCUCGGUUUUUUUUUUGAUAACGCCAUCUUGUUGUGUCUUUAAAGCGGUUAGUUGCUCUCAAUUAAGAAAAAUAGUAUUAUUAUUCGCCAAUAGAUGUCGGGAAGAGUUGAUUAUUGAAAACACGAAUAAAACAACAUUUUCUGAAAAUAAAUUGUAGCUAGAUCGAUUUAUCGCCCCCGAAAUCCUCUGUAUACUAAAUUUUAUGAAAAUCAUUGGAGACGUUUCCGAGAUUCAGAUUAUAUAAGUAUACUAGCGACCCGCCCUCGCUUCGCUUCGGAAACAUUAAAACACACAGGAAACCAAAAAAAAAUUAAAAAAAAUUAGAAAAGUAGCCUAUGUUCAUCAGGGACAAUGUCGGCUUCUAAUGGAAAAAGAAUUUUUCAAAUCGGUCCAGUAGUUUCGGAGCCUAUUCGAAACAAACAAAUCUUUCCUCUUUAUAAUAUUAGUAUAGAUAUUAAUAUACAAGAAAAGCUCGUUUAAAGGUAUAAGAUAAGAGAAAUGUGAUAAGUAAUGUUUUCCUAAGCAAAUGCAUCUACGGACAUAAAUACUAACUAGUACAAUUAUUAUUUAAUUUAGGUGCUUAACCGAUGGUGCUAAUUGUGUAUUAUAUCCAAAACUUAAUACACUUUUUAGGGGACUUGUUUGAUAUUAUUAAGAAUCAUGAUGUCUCAUCGAGUGCUCUUAAAUAAGAUAUUAGUUUUCUCUUGAUUUAUAAUUAUCUGACUGCUGUGAACGUUUAAUUGUAAAAGCGUUGUUUGCUGACGCAAUAUGUUCUUCUGGAAAAUUAAAUCAAUUAGUUUCAAUCAAAAAUUUAUUUGUUUCCAUAGUGAAAUAUGCGUAUUACAGCGCCUCUAGUGGUUAGUUUUGUAGUUUACGUUUCGUCGUCCGUCCGCUAGGGGCGCUUGGGGCGUUUUGAAGGGAAAAAAGGUGCUUUUAUAAUUUGUACAUAAUAAAAAUGUGUCUUGCAGAAAGACAAUAUUAAACAUAUCUGAUUUUUUUCUUAAUCGUAUAUAUAAGUAUGUGCUCUACGCGUGUUUGUAGAGUAUAAUUUUUGUCAUCGUAUAGUGAUUAUAAUUUAUUGAUUUUAUUUUAUUUAUUUCCUGGUACUUGUAAAUAAAUUGGUUACCUAAGCAUAGGGUAGACCAAUUUAUUUAAUUUCAUUAGGAAUGUUUAUAUAUUAUUUCCAUGUGCAGAUUCCAUAUUAUAUUUGUUUGAAAUAAGUAGCUAGAACGGUAAAACCGAUUAUUUAGCAACUCCUGUAUAUUUUUUUAGUUUUUGUUGUAUACGGUGUGUUGUACGCUUAGUACUAAAUAUUUUUAAAUGAAAUAAAUUUGAAAGUAUUCAUUUUAUAA